UGCAUAUUUUAACAGCAAUUCAGCACUGGCUGUAUUUGUUGAAGCAUUAACUAGGUUACAGGACUGAGUGAAGGUGGUGUAGGCUGAGGUGGGGGCAGCAUCUCUGCCAUUCUAGCUUUAUUUUCUUUUUGUCACGGAAGGGGAAGUCCUUGGUAUCACAUUGGCCAAACUGGUCCUUACAGCUGAGGGAGGGGCUUUGUGGAGAGAUUGAAGGGCAUUAGAUAAGGCCAUUAGUUUCCUGUGGAUUAUGGUAAUCCAGUCCCUGUGCCACAGACUGCACCAUAGUCCCUGCAUUCUAACACAGAGUGAAGAUGGAGAUCAGUUUGCGGCGUGUUCUGCUGUCCACACUGCUCCUUUCUACAGUGCUAUUCACCGCACGUGCACAGGAGUGGGUGAAAAGCAGAGGGUGGUCGUGCUCCUUGGCCCCUCUCAUCCUGUGCUGUGUGUGUACAUCCCAGGAGGACCCGGAGGAGCUGGAGGUCGUUGAGUCAUGGACAGGGAAAGCCUGCAAAUGCGACUGUCAGGGGGAGUCCACCACAGAGUCCACCGCCAUCCUUCCUCCCACCUCCACCCCUCCUCUCCCCAGCCUGCUGGACUGCAUGCCAGAGUGCCCCUAUCACAAACCACUUGGGUUUGAGGCUGGAUCUGUCUCAGCUGAUCAGAUCAGCUGCUCCAAUGAGGACCAGUACACAGGCUGGUACUCCUCCUGGACGUCCAGUAAGGCUCGACUCAACAACCAGGGCUUCGGGUGUGCAUGGCUGUCCAAGUUCCAGGACACCAGCCAGUGGAUUCAGAUUGACCUGAAGGAGGUUAGGGUGGUCUCAGGCAUCCUGACCCAGGGUCGCUGUGACGCGGAUGAGUGGGUCACCAAGUACAGCGUGCAGUACCGCACAUACGAGCACCUCAACUGGAUCUACUACAAGGACCAGACCGGGAACAACAGAGUGUUUUAUGGGAACUCGGACCGCUCAUCGUCAGUACAGAACCUGCUCCGCCCCCCCAUCGUGGCCCGCUACGUCCGGCUGCUGCCUCUGGGCUGGCACACACGUAUCGCCGUUCGCAUGGAGCUGCUGCUCUGCAUGAACAAGUGCACCUGAGCGCCCGCUCCCUGCCCCGCCCUGCUCCCCGCCUCACCCUGC